CUGAAAUUGAACAGCCUGACUGAAUAACAGGACCACACUUUCAACAUUACAAGAUUAUAUAAAGCUGCAUCCUGACGGGAAUACAAAGUAAUAAUACAACAGAAUGAAGAUCUCUGUGAGUUUUACGCUGUGGCUGCUGCUCGUCUCGGUCUCCGCAAACGAAAGUUCCGAAUGCCAGCAUACUUAUCUGCAAGAUAUCUACGCUGCGCUGAGAGAGAUGACUGCCUCGUUGGUUCAACUGAAGGCGGACAUGAGAUUCCUGCAGGCUCAAGAACAAGCAGCACAGCUGAAGACUGAAGUUGACAAGCUGAAGCAACAACAGCUAGAACAAGCAGCACAGCUGAAGACUGAAGUGGACAAGCUGAAGCAAGACCUGAAAGAACAAGCAGCACAGCUGAAGACUGAAGUGGACAAGCAGAAGCAACAACAGCUAGUUCAACAGGUUGCAUUCUCAGCCUCUCUGGUGGUUGCAGGUGAAUCAAACAUUGGACCCUUUCGCUCGGACACUCCUCUGAUCUACAAACACGUUACCACCAACAUCGGAAAUGCCUACAACCCAAACACAGGUGUGUUCACUGCCCCGGUGAGAGGAGCGUACAACUUUGAAUGGUGGGUCGGUGCAUUUGGAGACGGCAGCCACGCUUCAGCUGCUGUGUUGGUCAAGAACUCAGAGAAGAUAUCCUUGGCAUAUGAGCGACAGAAUCAACAUUUCGGGACUGGUUCUAGUGGUGUUACACUGUUGCUAGAGGUGGGAGACGUCGUGUUUCUGCGUCUGGUGGCUAACAGUUUGGUGUAUGACAACGCAAAUCACCACAACACCUUCAGUGGGUUUCUGCUGUUCACCAUGUAAGACAGAAACAGCAGCUCUGUGAUAGUCACGCAGAUUUUUGUUGUCUUAAACAAGUCUUCAUAGCACUUCAUAGAUUUGCUCUGAUUUCAUUUUGCAUUUCAUUUGCAUCCAAAUAAUGAAUAAUAAUCGACAGGACAAUUCUUUCUGAUUUUCUCUUGUUUCUGUCAUUUUAAUCAAAUAAUAAACAUAU